AUGACCUUCUCCAAAGAGAUUCACACUUUCCACUCGGGAAAACCCCAGCCGCAAUCCUCGGGAUCGCACACCUUCCAGUCUCUCGAUCCCAGCACCGCCAAGCCAUUGGCCACAAUCUACACCACAACCGCCGCCCAGCUCAACGACGCCGUCUCCUCUGCUCAGAAGGCAUUCCCAACAUGGUCGCAGACGCCUGCCCCGAAGCGAGCCGCCAUCCUCCUCCGCGCCGCCGCCAUCCUGCGAGAACGCAACGAUGCGCUUGCCCGCACAGAGAUGCUGGACACCGGCAAGGCCUGGUCAGAGACGUCAACGGUUGAUGUAGUCACUGGAGUCGAUGUCUUGGAGUACUACGCGCACUUCAUUGGCAACAGCCAGCCCGGUCAGCACACCACGCUGCGGCCAGACGCCUACGUGCUGACGAGCCACGAGCCUCUGGGCGUCUGUGCCGGCAUUGGCGCCUGGAACUAUCCCAUUCAGAUUGCUCUAUGGAAAUCCUCACCAUGUCUGGCAGCAGGAAACUGCAUGGUGUACAAGCCCAGUGAAGUGACACCACUACACGCCAACACCUUGGCUGAGAUCUAUAUCGAGGCCGGAAUGCCGCCUGGAGUUUUCAACGUCGUCUAUGGCGAUGGUCCCAGUGUCGGAGCGCCCCUUGUCGCCCAUCCGGGCAUCGCAAAGGUCAGCUUCACAGGCCAGGUCAGCACCGGCAGCAAAGUCGCCGGCGAGGCCUCCAAGGGCAUGAAGAGCGUUACGAUGGAGCUCGGAGGCAAGAGUGCUGUUGUAGUUCUGCCAGAUGCUGAUGUCGACGAGGCAGCCGACAUCGCCAUGGCAGCCAAUUUCUUUUCUACCGGCCAAGUCUGCACAAACGGCACGCGAGUCUUCAUCCCUGACACCCUACUAUCACGAGUCGAAGAAGGUCUUGUCAAACGCUGCCGCGAGGGCAUCCGGAUGGGCUUGCCACAAGACGAAGCGACGAAUUUCGGCCCGGUGGUCAGCGCCGCCCAGCUCGACAAGGUCAAUAUGUACAUUCGACACGGCAAAGAAGUUGACAAGGCAAAGGUCCUGUAUGAUGGCGCUGUUGAUGCGCAGAAGAAUAAACCUACGCCCGACGGAUACUGGGUCCCGCCCGUCAUCUUCACCAACUGCACAGAUGAUAUGCGCAUCGUUCGCGAAGAAAUAUUUGGUCCCGUCAUGUCAAUCUUGCCAUACAAGACACAGGGCAGGUCACAGGAGGAGUGGCUCCCGGAGCUGAUCCGGCGCGCAAACGACACGGAAACUGGCCUGGCUGCCGGAGUUGUUGCUACGGAUCUGAGUUUGGCGCAGAACGUUAUCAGAGAGCUGGAAGCCGGCAUUACUUGGAUCAACACUUGGGGAGAGUCUCCGGCUGAAAUGCCGGUAGGCGGAUGGAAGAUGAGUGGCGUUGGUGUUGAGAAUGGCUUUGAGGGUAUCAUGGCGUACAUGCGGAUAAAGAGCACGCUGGUACAGCUGGGCAAGGGAGCGACCAAGGGGCUUUUUGCCAAGUUAUGA